AUGAUGUAUUCCGUUUCACGCCUCGCGAGAAGGUUCUGUGCAACGCUCGCUGCUGCUGCUCCGGCGGCGAUUGGCGGCGAGGCUGCUGCUGCUUCUGUUCCGAAGAAGACGGCGAAAAAUCAACGCUCGGUGUACAAGAAACUCUCGAGCCUUGGCAAGAGGGGAGGAAAAAUGGAAGAAACGCUGAAUCAGUUCACCAUGGAAGGUAUCCCUGUUAAAAAAGACGACCUUAUUCGCUACGUCAAGGAUCUUCGCAAGCAUCGUCAACCUCAACGCGCCCUCGAGGUCUUUGAGUGGAUGGAAAGAAAGGAAAUUGCCUUUUCUGGCAGCGAUCACGCAAUUCGUUUGGAUCUUAUUGCAAAGACUAACGGCUUAAAGGCAGCUGAAAGUUACUUUAACAGUCUAGAUCUCUCAACCAAGACUCAGUCGAGUUAUGGCUCGCUCUUGAACUGCUACUGCGUGGAAGGCGAGGAAGAGAAGGCAAAGGCACAUUUUGAUAAAAUGUGUGAUCUCAAUCUUGUGACUAACUCUUUGCCAUUUAAUAAUCUCAUGGCCAUGAACUUGCGGCUUGGUCAACCCGAGAAGGUACCCGCCUUGGUUGUUGCAAUGAAACAGAAGAAUAUCUCCCCUUGUGAUGUCACUUACUCUAUGUGGAUACAAAGCUGUGGAAUCUUAAAUGACUUGGAUGGAGUAGAGAAAGUCAUAGAGGAAAUGAAAGCAGACGGUGGUGAAUGUCGUUCCUCAUGGGAUACAUUUGCUAAUCUGGCAGCAAUCUACAGUAAAGCCGGUCUCUACAGUAAAGCAGAAGCAGCAUUGAAAUCUCUGGAGGAGAAGAUGAAUCCUCACGAGCGUAGUUCAUAUCAUUUCCUCAUUAGCUUGUAUGCUGGAAUUUCAAAUGCUCCCGAGGUUUAUCGAGUUUGGGACUUGCUAAAGAAGGGUCACCCCAAAGUCAACAAUUCAAGCUGUCUUACUAUGCUCCAAGCACUGAGUAAACUCGAUGACAUUGAUGGAAUGAAGAAAAUCUUUACAGAGUGGGAAUCAACAUGCUACACUUACGAUAUGAGGAUGGCCAAUGUGAUGAUUAGCAGCUACUUGAAAGAGAACAUGUACGAAGAAGCUGAGGCUGUUUUCAAUGGUGCCAUGAAGAAGUGUAAAGGUCAAUUCUCAAAGGCGAGGCAGCUUCUGAUGAUGCAUUUGUUGAAGAAUGAUCAGGCGGAUUUGGCUCUAAAGCAUUUCGAAGCAGCUGUUUCGAAUCAAGACAAGAAUUGGACUUGGAGCUCAGAGCUGAUCCGUUCAUUCUCUCUCCACUUCGAGGAAUCCAAAGACGUUGAUGGAGCAGAAGAAUUCUGCAAAACCUUGACGAUAUGGAGUCCUCUAGAUUCGGAUACUUACACUCUUCUUAUAAAGACUUACAUAGCUGCAGAGAAAGCUUGUCCCGGUAUGCGAAAGAGGUUGGAGGAACAAGAGAUCGAAAUAGAUGAAGAGAUGGAAGGUUUUCUUAGCAAGAUUUGCCCUUGAAGAAUGACUCUGUGUACUGAUAAAUCAAUCAAUCUUCUGUAAUUUGAAGCAAUAUUUCAGACACAUGUUCUCUUUAUAGUUUGCGUUUGAUCUAUCUUGCUUUGUGAAAACUCAAAAUCCACAACUUAAAGGACACGUUGUGGAUUUUAAAGGCACCAUUGUUAGAGAGUUACUGUUUAGGUUUUUUAGGAUUUAUCUCAACUCUGU